GGCCAUGUGAGUGAGCGGACAUGUGAAGCUGUCCCAACAUUUCGGUUGAUUCGGCUCGCCACACCAUCGCAUCAACCCCCUACUCGCGUCCCAUUUGGGCGCAGAGGCUUUGUUCACCAUCGCCAACACCCCAUGGCAUGUGGCAUGGCGGACAUCAUAUCCAGGGCAUCCAUCGACCCACCUGUAGCUUUGCCUGGGCGAGCCUUGCAUGGAGGGCCAGCCUCAUCCGAGAGCGGAGUUACAAUGUCACAAUCCUCACCAACAUCUGCUUCUAGCAUUCUAACGAUAGACCUUUGAUUUGCCUUCCCCAGGGUCAGGUACUGAUGGAUCAAGUCCGCUUUCGAUGUUGGAAGGCGCCGUUCAUGAUCCCCAGAUCACAAUGCAUUGCCCGUUAUGGAAACUGCCAUGGACAACAGAUAUUUCCUGACAUUGCGCAAAAGCGCCCUAUUUGUCGUGGUAUUCACUCAGAUGAGCCAAUUUUACACUGACCGCGCCCGAUGUGAAUCAUCUCAACCAGGAACCAAGUCGAUGUUCCAUCUCUAGAAAACUUGAGAUCGUGCCAGCGUGACGAAGGGAUAGCAUGCUCAUCAAGACGAGAUCAGCCACCGAUUAGCGACCGCCCAGGACGAAAUCUCAGCCUUGCAAUCAUGUCUGAUGCGAAAGAAACCAAAAACCCUGUCAGUGGACAAAGCGGCGACUUCCAGCCAGCCCAAUCAGACACCACUCACAAGCCGCAGCAAGGUGUCAAAGACGAAACCGAGCACUGCUGUCCGCCGCCACCUGAGAUCCUCCGGUCGCUUUCCAACAAAGAAUUCACUGCCUGGGGUGAAUAUCUGGAGAAGGAGAAGCCGAAGGAAUACAUCCGGUGGAAGAUGCAGAUGAUUGGUGAAGGGCCCCCGGCGCCGACAAACCAGAAUGCGCGGAUCGAGAACCAACAAGCGGGUGGCCAACUCGGAAUUUCCUCUGGCCCUAGCAGCAUGUUGCAAGAGGAGAUGCCCUCGAGAGAACAGAAGCACGAUGAGACACUGGAGACGAAGGAGAUGCACGAUACCUUGGAGAAAAAGGUGAACUGAGGACUCGAGGGUGCGCAGAGCGAAGAGUGGCAGUGGCCCAAACGGUUCGGAUUCAAUGGGCAUCAGGGGGAAGGAAGUGUGCACGCAUUUCAACCUGGGCAUCUUCAAGUGGACAAAUUGCGUCGUAUCCCCUUCUCCCGGGUUGUCGACAUCACGUACAAUCGCCUGCCGCCUUUUCACCAUGUUGUCAGAAGGAGAGUGGGAUAUUACGCUGAGAAAGAGAUUCCCUGGCCCCUGAGGUCAAGCGCCACCUGUUGUUGAGCACCAAUGCGCUAGGCGUACCGCGAUGGACUCAAACUAGAUCAUCA